UCUUUCACACGUGAGCAUAACUGACCAUGAGGCAUGGCCACACAUUAUUAAGAUGUUAGUAGUAGUAGUAGUAAAAGUAGUAGGUGGUAGUUUAUCUGUCUUAGGGAGAGAAAAUAGGGAUGAAAAUGAGCAGGAACCUUGACUGUACCAGAGUUAGCAUCUAACAAAGUAACAGUUUUGAACAUUGAAUACAUUCCAGUAUGUCAUUGGAUACUAUGUAGAGGGGAGGAGCUGAAAAGUUCAUUACUACCCAUUUUUGUCUUACUUCAGUGAUCCUAAAGGAAGAUAAAAAAGAGGACGUAAGAAAAGUUGUAAGCAAGGCAUCAACCUAACUAUACAUUUCUGUUACUUUUUUUACGCUUUGUAUUGUUCACAUGUAGAAAAAACCAUCAUAAAAAAAUCACAGCUACAAAACUUCAAGAAAAAUGGCAUCAAACAACUCUUUUAUCCUCCUUCCUGAAACUGAAGCCACGAGCAAAAAUGACAAAACCACAGUGGAUGUUGAUGCUAUUAUGAACAACAUCACAAUUGUUUUUUACACAAUCACUGUAUUUUUGGGCACUAUUGGAAAUGCGGUGGUCAUCUGGAUGUCCGGAUUCCGUCUAAAAGCCAACGUCACCAAUGUCUGGCUGGUCAACCUGGCUGUAGCAGACCUGAUUUUCUGUCUCACUCGUGUUACUUCAUUGAUUAAGAAACUCUUCUAUGAAUUUUGGCCCUUUGGCUGGUUUCUCUGCAAGUUCAAUGGAUUCUUCAAGUACGCCAAUAUGUUCUGCAGUGUUUUCAUCCUGGCCAUCAUUAGUCUGGAUCGGGCAAUUUGUGUUUGGCAACCAGUGUUCAGCAGGCAGCGGAGAACUGUAUGUGCAGCUAGACUCAUUAGCGUUGGGGUUUGGACAGUGGCAGUGAUCUUCAGUGCACCAUAUUAUGUGUACCGACAAGUGUAUAUUGGAAAGAAGAACUUAAGCAAGUGCUCCAUGGAGGUGCCACAGAUAUCUGAAGCUGACAACAGAGUUAAGAUGGCCUUGUACAGUAUUCGCUUCUUAUGUGGAUUUUUGUUGCCUUUCCUCAUCAUCCUGACCUGCUAUGUACUAGCUGGUUUAGGAAUACGGCGAACACGGAUCAUUCGCAAAUCACGGCCCCUUCGAAUUCUUUUGGGAUUGGUCUGUGCAUUCUUCCUGUGCUGGGGGCCUUACCACUUUCUCCUAUUGGUCAAAAUGGUUGACAGCAAGAGCCAAGCAGUAAAAGUGGGCCUGCCCAUAGCUAAGGGUAUAGCUUAUUUCAACAGCUGUGUUAACCCAAUUUUGUACUUCUUUAUGGGGCUGGACAAGAGACUGCGCUUUAAUCAAAGCCUGUCUCGGGUCUAUGCUAGAGCCCUAGCUGAAGACUUUGAGGUACAAACUUCACAGUCUAAAGAUUGCACAGGAACAAUGGAUGCCACUGCAGAAGCAUUGCAAGAGUCAUAGUGGCAGGGAAGUAGAUGUUUGUAAGAAUGGUUGAAAAAAAUCUACACAGUAAUUGGAAGAAGAAAAAACAUCAGUUUAUACAUAUUAGUUAUGUUUUUAAUGUACCUUUCAUUUCCAAUAUUAUACCUGUACGUACAAUAUUUGCUGAAGUUCAUGGUUUAUUCAUUUUAAAUAAUGCAUUAAGUAAUAACAGUUAAGAAAACAUUCAUUUAAAGUAUUGCCAACAACAAGAUUUCAACAUUAUGUCUAGGAAUAAUAACUAGUUUUACAAACAAUGCUUAAUUUAAUUCUUAUUAGGAUAUAUUAUAUUUUGAUAAUGCUCAUGGGCAAGUUUGUUCAAAACAAUAUUUAAAAAAAUAAUAAGAAAGACACUGAGACUGACAUCAAGGACCCCAUAAAACGUAUAUAAAGUUUGUUUUCUUGAUUUAAAAUUUAAAUUGAUAUUUAUCCUUAACGUGCAAGCCAGAGGCAACAGUGGCAAGAAAAAUAUACCAAGAGAUGAUAUGAUGAACAACUCUUCAGAGGAACCAGAGUCAAAGGGGAAGCUACAGAGUGUGAUUAAAUAAUUUCCUUAAACAACUAUAUCUAGUCAAGUGGAACUUUGUAACCAGGAGCUUUUGAGCAACUUGUACCAGUGUGAUUUCUAAAUUCAUUAAAGAUUUAACAUAAAUUUAAUAAAGUACUUCCUGCCAAAGCCAGCAAAUAUUCAUAGAUGGAGACCCUAACAUUGCAAUCAGCAGUUCAAAGCCACUGCCAUGGUCUCCAAGUGGUACUAUCCACAGCAGUACCAUAAAUAUCUAGGUAGUCUACUUGGGGCUGUCCUCAGCAGUAGUGAACACUUUGAAAGAUUUCAACCAGAAGUAGGACAUCAGGAUGGAUCAAGCAGGCCCGAAGAGAUGAAAUGUCAGGGAACUUCAGAGAUCAGGAGUAGUUUGUGUAGCUUAAGAGAGAGAGAGAGAGAGAGAGAGAGAGAGAGAGAGAGAGAGAGAGAGAGAGAGAGAGAGAGAGAGAGAGAGACUUAGGACUUUUGAGUGUCGUUUAUUUUAACAAUCUAUGUGUUGAAUUUGUCAGCAUUUUUAAACAUCUACAUGUGAAUUUAGACAAAUAAUUACAUAAAUAAAUAAAGUAAUAAAUAAACAUGUACGUAAAAAAUAUACAUAUAUUUUACUUAAUAAGAAACUCCCAGUCAACUACUAAAAAAUACCAUCUUAAAAGAAAUGCAGUAAAAAGUUUUAUUUUCUUUUCAACUCUGGUGUGAAAAACCAUUCAUCAUUUGAAAAGUAGCACACAGCUUCCCCAUAGUACCAAAUCUUUUGGAAUUUUCCUAGGUCCUUCAUGCAUUUAUAAAAGCUGAAAUACACAAAGAUGAUAGUUUUUACCAGUCUCUUAAGGCAUUCACUACAUUCCAGGGGUUUCAUUACCACGAUGUAAAGUGGGCGUGUUUCCGGAGGUCUUCGAAAAACACCCUUGUUCAAAAAAAAGAGCAUACUACAAAGGACAAAACAGUCUUAAAGAUAGAUUUAUUUUAGAAAUCAAAUAAACAACCGUUGGG